UGUGGUGCAUGAGUCUGAUGCAUCUGUUGUUACACUUUCUAACCUUUAUAUUGAUGCAGUUUUACAUGAUAUCUGUGUUAAACGCUGACUGCACAUCAGAUGAGCUGCUGCUGCUCGGCUCCGCUCUCCAUCCUCUGUCAGGACGCAAAGGACCCGGAAGACGUGUGUUUGCUGUCAAUGCCAACGACGGAGAGGAGGCAUCGAGAGCUAAAAGCCCGCAUUUAAGACAAGAUGGCAGGACUGCCCCGCAGGAUCGUGAAGGAAACUCAGCGUUUGCUUGCAGAGCCUGUGCCAGGCAUCAAGGCAGAGCCAGAUGAAAGCAACGCCCGCUACUUUCAUGUGGUCAUUGCUGGACCUCAGGACUCCCCUUUUGAGGGGGGCACAUUUAAACUUGAACUCUUUUUACCAGAGGAAUAUCCCAUGGCAGCUCCUAAAGUACGCUUCAUGACCAAAAUAUAUCAUCCCAAUGUGGACAAGUUGGGAAGAAUAUGUCUAGACAUUUUGAAAGAUAAAUGGUCACCAGCUCUGCAGAUUCGCACAGUGCUGCUAUCAAUCCAGGCAUUACUAAGUGCACCCAACCCUGAUGAUCCCCUAGCAAAUGACGUUGCAGAGAAGUGGAAGUCCAAUGAAGCUGAAGCCAUAGAAACAGCCAAGACAUGGACCAGGCUUUAUGCUGGAAACAAAAAUGAAGUGUAGAGCCGCCUAACAAGUGGAGACACAAUUGGAAGUCAAGUGUGAACACAACUCCUCAUGUUCCGCCAAGACCUCUUCCUACUUCAUUUGCAUUUAAAGGACACAGUCUUAAAUAUGUGUGUGUAUGGAUAUAUAUAUAUAUGUGUGUAUAUAUAUAUAUGUAUGUGUGUGUGUAUAUAUAUAAUAUAUAUAUAUAUAUACAUACACAUAUACAUAUACAUAUAAAUUAUAAAAUAAACAUAAAUAUAAAGUAAAGGAAAAUACAACUGCUGACAAGUGGUGAUUUAAAUGCACCCUAGUAAUGAAAUGGCUCGUCUUUGUCCUUACUCACUACUGUUGAAAUGCAUGGGCAGAGGUUUUAGAUCUACUCACCUGGCUUUCUUUGUCCAUUGAUUUUUUUUUUUUUUUUGGGAGGCUUUUGCCAACUGCUGCUGCUUGUACAAGCGUGUAUAAGGGGAGGGGUGUCCUGUUGGGGAGGGGAGGGGAGGGAGAAAUUUGCUAGAUGUGGUCAUUAUGGUAUGCAUUUUAUGUUUGUUUUUUUUUUUAACUUUGUUUUGCUGUUUGUUUAUUAAAAGCAGCUAACUACUACUAACCCACUGUAUGUAAAAACUCACCUGGAGACGGACCGGACAGCAGCAGGACACACAAGCAAUCGUAGCCAUGCGUCUUCUUCAAGUCACAGCUGGGUUUAUUAAAUACAAAAUAAUAUGACUAAAAGAAACAAACUGAGCCUGCCACAUUAACUUUCAACCACUCUCAGUAUAGACUUGGAUGUACUGUAGGCUUGGGAAUGGUGAAAGAGAAUGUUGAGGGUAGGGUGGACAUUGUGGACCUUUCCUUAGUUUUAGCACAUAGUGUAUGUUUUAUUACCAUAUCCAGUCUUUUAUAUGUGAAUCUUUCCGGCUAUUGAAACACUAACUACUCUGCUUGUUUCCAUGUAUGUCAUCACAGUCUAAUUCUACAAGACUCAGUGGUUUACUUUCUUCAAUGGCAUUUAUUUCACAAAGCGUUGACUACAUUUAAACUGUCAGUUGUUUGACGACGUAAGGGGCUGACCUGUGUUAGAUGAAAUGCUGGGUUGUUUUCGGGAUCAAACUCCAAAAGAUGAUCAAGGCUGUGACUCUGGAUUGUCGUAAUUGGUCUUUGGCUGAAAAGUCUGUAUUCAGUUCACUGUUUGUAAAUUCAAUCUUUCUAUUGAUCUGUGGAGGAAAUAUUUUCCUGCUCUCAGAAUGCUAUGAAACAGUUCACCUGCAUACUUUUAU